CUGUUUUAUUAUAUUAAUUUAUCAUAAGACGUAGUUUACCAAGAGUGGCCAUUCUUGGGCAAAGUACCCAUUUUGGCAAUCAAGAAAACCGAAAUGGCGGAGAAACGAGAAUCCGGAAGAAUCAAGGAGUCGGAGCAGAAGCGCAUUCUGGAUGAGGCAGCUCGGCGCAGGCGUCAACGUAAGGCCCUGGAGGCACUUGAGUCAGACAACUUCCAGGACGACCCUCACGCAGACCUUAAGAUGAGCAAGAAGGCGCCGAAGUUUGAGGAAUCAAUGGACACAACUCCCCAAACUGGUGGAAGGAAGAAGAAGAAAUACCGCAGUGAUCACCUGAAGUACAGAUUCAAGAAGAGCUUUUCUGCGCUUAUAGAGGAAGAGCACCUGACAAAUAAGGAUCCCCCCAACUACGUGAGUGUGUGUGCCCCGCCCUCCAGGCUCCCCCCUCGACACUUCUGUGCAGUCUGCGGAUACAUCUCUACAUACACCUGUGUGCAGUGUGGGGCGAGGUAUUGCUCCAUUAAAUGUCUUGGAACCCAUCAAGACACAAGAUGCUUGAAGUGGACUGCUUGAGGCGUAAUACACGUUCUUUUGAAAAUGGAUAAAAGUCUUUGUAAUUUUGAAUCCGUUGCCAAGAUGCAGCCAAGCAAAAUAAGAAAAGAAAAAGACUGAGGAGGAGCCCACAAAGUGUAUUGAAUUUGUUUGGAUAUCCAUUACUAUGCCUUGUGGCAACUGAAGAAAAUGACAUUACUUAUGAUGUCUUUGAACAGGAAAGAUGGACAUAAUAACUGCAGGAUAGAUGCGCUCUCAUGCAGAAUUGCGGAAGGUUUCUUUUGACAUGUGUACAAUUAAUGACUGUGUACCGAAGCUAUUGGCGUCAGAGCGGGAAUUCACAAAGCAUCGUAAGGGAAACUUAAAGAAAUGUCAUGCAUGCAUAGAAUUCAUUAAGUCUCUUGAUAUUACAUUUAUUGGUAGCUUUUAACUGACAAUAAAAUGUGACAUUAUAUGUAUAUAUGUAUAUAUUGAGGAUAUUUGUUGAUAUCCUUGUGAGAUUGUAUUAUGUUUUCAUAAGUGGUGGUCAUAUAAAAUAAACUUUUAUUAGUGGUUGAACCACAGUAAAAAUAUAUGUUUUAUAUGACAACGAAUGAAGAGGCAGAGAACAGAUAAAGGUAGAUAUGACGAAGUAAACACUUCAUGUUACUAUUUAAUUAUAUGUCAUUUGAUUGGUUGAUUUUUCCAUAAUUUUCCUGAAUAAUGUUACGAGUAACAAAUUUGAUGUCUCAUAAGUGUUUACCUUAUCCCUCACAGUCAAUUAAAAAGCAUAGCAAACUCGAA